AACGUAGGCUAGAUGAAUGAAGAAGUAAAACACAUCUCAGUUUACAGAGUAGGCUGUGGAUUUUCUUUUACUGUCUGGGAUUUUACUGUAGCCUACGCUUACAAAAUGUCAUUUAAACGUGAAGGGAACGAUCAAAGUCAACUGAAUGUCCUUAAGAAAAGACGUGUAGCUGACCUUCUCGCGAAUUUCAUUCCAGAAGACGAAGCUGCUUUAAUGAAGAAUGGAAGGUACACUUGUUUAGUGUGUUCCCACCGUCCCAUCUUUGAUACUGUCGACAUGCUGACAGUUCAUCGGAAGGGGAAAAAGCACUUGGAAGGAAUGAAGUGGUUUUAUCAGAAGAAAACACAGUUGCAGAGAGAAAUUGAAAAGCAUCAUCACCACAGUUAUGUUGCCAAAGAGGAAGAACAGCAGGAGGCUUCCAGUUCUGCCCCUCUUUUGACCCAAACUAGGAAAAUAACCCAUCAUGCGUUGCUGAAGGCAACUCCGUACAGCAGUUGUCACAAAAGAAGCAGCACCAGGACAGAACAGGAACAGGAACAGAAAAGUGUUUCCUCCAUACACCAGCCUAUCCAGGACAACAGCAGGCAUUCAUUACACCAAACAGAAGGGGCCAGCUCAAAUGCCAAGUCAUCCACAGCUUCUGACACAAAUGCUGUUGGAGGGCAGCAGCAUGAUGAGAGAAAGGAAGAGGUGAGGAAGGGAGAGCCACAGCAGAAUGACCCCCCAGAUGGAGAACCAAUGACAGAACAACGCCGGAGGGAAUUGGAACACUACCUCAAACUGAAAAGCAAUGGCUGGCUGCGGGACCGCAGUGGCAAUUGGAUUAAGGACGAAAAUGUGGAGUUUGAUUCAGAUGAAGAUGAAGCGCCUCCCAUUUCCCAAUCAUAAACAUUGUGCAUUCCUCUGUGAUACCAGAGACAGUUUAUAAAAGGAAUGGUGGGCAGGGUUUAGACACUGGUCCAUGGUGGCAAUGCAAUCUAUUCAAAUUUGCCAUGCAAAUCCUCUGGAGCUCAAAGGCUGCUGUUGAACUGACAAAUCAUGAGUGAUUUAUUAAUGCUAUACCAACGAGUGCUGGAAACUCAGAGUCUUGUAAAUAUAAAUAUUUUGCCUAA